AUGGCUCAGCCUGUGAAUGAUUUUGGAUUGUUCUGUGGAGCAACAGCCACCAACGCGGCCAAUCUGCAUCAACUCAUGGUGUCUACUCCAACGCGCCGUAGCUUCGUGGCUGGUUACGAGGGCAUGUCUGAGGGCCUCGACCGCGUUGCGCUUGGCGUGGACUGUGACCUGGUGCAUGGCAACAUCCUCAUCGGCGAUGCUGGGGCUGCUCAAAAUGUUGCCUACCUGAAUAGGUUGGGUGUAACACACGUCCUGAAUAUGGCCGAAGGUAAUGGUCCAGGAAUGGUGCCGACAAGUGCAUUAACUUAUGCUGGUACUGGCAUCUCCUAUUGCGGGUUUCCUGCUCUGGAUCAGCCUGCGUUUGACAUCGCCCACUAUUUUGGACAGGCUGUCACAUUUAUGGACAGUUGUGAGGCAAACGGCAAAAUACUUGUUCACUGCCUGAGAGGGCGGUCUCGUUCUCCUGCUGUUGUCCUGGCUUACUUGAUGAUCAGGCGCACUGUUCCAGCCCCCAUGGCCAUGAAGCUCUGUUGUUCUGCCAGAGCAUUUCAUAUCAAUGCUGGCUUUCUUGAGCAACUUUCAGAGUUACACAACUCUUUGUGUGUUGCUGCCAACACUUAA